AUGCGGUGUCGGCAAGUAGCUGGGGAGCAGGUAAUUUUCAGGUGGUGGAAAAUCUCACUUAGGAAUGAAUUUCGUGAAUCAAGACCUGGAGAAAUUAAAGAAUCCCAGGAGGAUUUUUUGGAUGAUUCAUCUCUUCAUAUUCAGAUUGCUAUAGUGUUUGGUGCCAAAGUUCUGGAACAUGUCCUCAAUCUGUGCCGAGGUAACUAUGACUUCCUGGAACGGCUUCCUGUCCCGUUGCUCCUGUACAUCAUUUCCUUUCUGGAGCUUGAAGACAUUGCCAGGCUUUCUCAAGUUUCACGCAGAUUUGAAAUGAUAAGUAACAGUAACGCGCUAUGGGAAAACAUUGUGGAGAACUUGUGCGACACAAUUACACCUGAAAUGAAAGAACUUGCAGAGGAAAUGGGCUGGAAACAAUUCUUCUUCACAAACAGGCUGCAGCUGCAGCUGCAGCUCCGGAGGAGGAGGCAGAGACAAGAUGCUCGGAACAAAAAACUAACUGAAUAAAGAUGCAUUUUUCAUUGAAGCAAUUGUUAGAAGGUGUGGGUUCGCUGUUUUUCAGGUCAGACAUACUGACUUUUCUGCUUUACUAGGGAAAGCAGAUUAUUUUAAGGAUUGAAAGAGGAAAAAAAAAAUGUCUUACGCAGAGCAACAUGCAAAUAAUACAAAGUUUAAUAUGUUGGGCAUCCUGAAAUUGUAUUACAGUCAGCAUCGUAACAGUUACUAGUAUUAGAAGAGGUUGUGGCUUCUUUGUACUUGUUCUGACUUCUCUAUUUUGUAUAUACGCUAUACAUGCUCCGUGCCUUGUAUCAGAUGCUACGGCAUUGUCAUCAUUACCUGUAUAGAAAACCAUCUAUCAUUUCCUACUACAAAAGUUGCUGAUGAACGCUGAGGUUUUUACUGUCCACCAUGGUAAAUCUGCAAUGUUUAUAGGCAAGUCACAUAUGGCUGGUUCCAGUUUUUGAUGUGUGUUAAAAUGUUUUAAAAUUAAUUAUCUAAACUUCAAGCAAAUAAUAAUUUUGUCACCAAGAAGAAACUUCUUUGGUGACUGAGGGUGUGGAUCAAAUGAUCAUCCUCAUCUCGGACAAUCCACCAGAAUCAUGUCUGAAGCACUCUGCCAGAAUGGUAUAUGGCAAAAUUCUUCCUUGAUGUUGCUGAUGCAGGAACUUCUGACAGUAAUUGACUUCCAUUGUUCCAGUUGCGUAUUUGGUAAGAGACGUUCGCUAUCUUAAAAGACCGUAACAAUGGUUACUGAAGAGUGCUGUAAAAUGAAGGCAGUUCUUACUGACAUUACUGACUUACUCCAACAAUCAACUUCAGUAAUUAAGCGGCCAAAUAUUACUACUCUGAAAGUACCUGUUGAUUAACGUAUCAUUUGCCACUGACUAGAAUUAAGGCCUGAGUACUAAAAACAGCGAUUGCCGUAUUUGGAUAUAACAGUGUAAUAUUUGAAGGGCGUCUUAGGUUUACAAUUUUUUAACGUUUUAUUAAUUGAUUAAAAACUAUGAAUACAGGGUUCUUAUAUCAUUCUAUUUCUUUACAAAGCAGUAUUUUAAUUCUUAAAAGAUAUUUGCUAAUUUAGAUUAAGAAUAUUUUGUUCUACAACUGUAUUCUUGAAGCAUUUGGUGAUUGUGGAUCUUUAGAUGAAGAAACACUGAAGUAUAUUCUUUCCUCUUUGUGACUAUUUCCUUUUAGGACAAUGAUAAAUACAAAUUUCACGAUGUGCAUAAAAUACUGCAUUCAUAAAAUUUCUGUUCUGUGU